AUGAACGGCCAGGUCAACGGAGUGCCCAAGGGCGACACGUUCCUCUUCACCUCGGAAUCUGUCGGUGAGGGUCAUCCUGACAAGAUUGCCGAUCAAGUCUCAGAUGCAAUCCUCGAUGCCUGCCUCGCAGUCGACCCCUUGUCGAAAGUGGCUUGCGAGACUGCCACAAAGACCGGUAUGAUCAUGGUCUUUGGUGAGAUCACGACCAAAGCCCACCUUGACUACCAAAAGAUUGUCCGUAAUGCCAUCAAGGAUAUUGGAUACGACAGCUCAGAGAAAGGUUUCGAUUACAAAACCUGCAACGUUCUCGUCGCUAUCGAAGAGCAAUCUCCCGAUAUUGCCCAAGGUCUGCACUAUGAUGAAGCAUUGGAAAAGCUGGGUGCUGGCGAUCAGGGUAUCAUGUUUGGUUACGCCACCGAUGAGACUCCCGAACUCCUCCCGUUGACCAUUCAACUGGCCCACAAACUCAACGCUGCCAUGACAAAGGCCCGCAAAUCAGGCGAAAUCCCCUGGCUCCGACCAGACACCAAGACCCAAGUCACGGUGGAAUAUGCUCAUGACGGAGGUGCUGUCAAACCUUUGAGAGUUGACACUGUCGUCAUCUCCGCUCAACACUCCGAAGACAUCACCACCGAACAGGUGCGAAAGGAGCUUAUGGAAAAGAUCAUCAAGAAAGUCAUUCCCGUUAAAUACCUUGACGACAAGACCAUUUACCACAUCCAACCAUCUGGCCUCUUCAUUAUCGGUGGUCCUCAAGGUGACGCGGGUCUCACCGGCCGCAAGAUCAUUGUCGAUACCUAUGGUGGCUGGGGAGCCCACGGUGGUGGCGCCUUUUCUGGCAAGGACUAUAGCAAAGUCGAUCGCUCUGCUGCCUACCUGGCCCGAUGGAUUGCCAAAUCGCUCGUUAACGCAGGUCUCGCGCGUCGUUGCUUGGUCCAACUCUCCUACGCCAUCGGUGUUGCCGAGCCACUCUCUCUUUUUGUCGAGACUUACGGCACCAGCGACAAAUCUAGCACCGAGCUCGUCGACAUUAUCUACAAGAACUUCGAUCUCCGACCUGGUGUCAUCGUCAAGGAACUCAACCUCACCAACCCCAUCUACUUCCGAACUGCCAAGAACGGUCAUUUCACCGACCAGAGCUUCACCUGGGAACAGCCCAAGCCUCUUAAAUUCUAG